AAAGUGGAGGACCUGGCGCUGGUGAGUGGGGUGGGGGCGGCCAAGCUGGAGCAGGUGAAGUUUGAGAUCUGCGUGAGCAGCAAGGGCAGCUCGGCGCAGCACUCGCCCAGCUCCCUGCGCAAGGACCUGGCCUCCGAGCACCACCUCUCCACCACCAAGAUCAACAUCAACACGGCCACCCCGGCACAGCUCAUGAGCAUCCGUGGCAUCACCGAGAAGAUCGCCAACAGCAUCGUGGACUACCGUAAAGAGCAUGGGCCCUUCAAAAGUAUUGAGGACCUGGUGAGAAUGGACUGCAUCAAUUCCUCCUUUCUGGACAAAAUCAGGCAUCAGAUUUUCGCAGAGCGCUCCAGGCCGCCUUCAACAAACACUAAUGGUGGCCUCAACUUCAUGGCCAAGCCUCACCCCAGCCCCACUUCUCUGAGCCUCCAGAGCGAGGAAUUGGACUUCCCUCCUGGGGGUCCAACUCAGAUCAUAUCCACUCGCCCGUCUGUGGAGAUGUUCGGGGGAGUGAGAGAUGGCAGACCCGUCCUGAGGGUGGCUACCUGGAAUCUGCAAAGCUGCUCCAUUGAGAAAGCCAACAACCCAGGCGUGCGGGAAGUUGUGUGCAUGACGCUGCUGGAAAACAGAAAUGUAAGAUGCAAUGAGGAUUUUGAAAUAACUCUUGCCCUUUCCUUUCCAUGUGUCAAAUCUGUCCCAGCUGAUCUGGCAUUUAGCAUCGGUAAAGUGUUAACAACAGAGAAAAUUACUGCUCAUUUCCAGGUGAGGCUAGAAGAUGAAGGUCUCCUGUCUCUCAGCCCUGCAUUGUCCUUUGCACUGAGGGAACAGUCGUGCAGGAAGGAAAGAGGUGCUGUUCAGCAAAUUGGGGAUUUAUUGACAGGGGGCAAAGUUGGCCUAUCUGUGGGGAUGCAGGUCAUCUCCUCCAGCUGGCCUCAGUGUCCUCCUCAUUCUUGGGGAUCUGAAGAAACCAACUGCUGCUUCUCGCCAAGAGAAAAAAACUCUGUUGUUCCCCUCUACUUCUGUGUCGGUCCGUCGGUCACAGUCCUGCAGAGGCGCAGGCGCUUGGCCGCCAAGGGCUUGCUCCAGGCCUGCUUGAG